CUUUUGGUGUUGCUCUAACCCUUUCGGCUGCGCUGCGCACGUCCCCUCCCACGAGAAACACCCCACGUCUCAAGCUGCCCCUUUCUCACCGCCGCGGCCGCCACGCGCAGCAGCAACCGAGCAGGAGCGCAGCCAGCAAGCUCAGGCCCGAGCCCUACUGCAACCGCCGCUGCUACCGCACUGAACACCAUGGCCGACCCGGCGGAGCACCGUCCAGCGGAGGAGGACGAGGAAGCCGCGGCGGCCGGCGAGGAUGAGGACACCGGCGCUCAGGUCGCGCCCAUCGUGAAGCUGGAGGAGGUCGCCGUUACCACCGGAGAGGAGGACGAGGACGUACUUGUCGACAUGAAGGCGAAGCUCUACCGGUUCGACAAGGAGGCGAACCAGUGGAAAGAACGUGGCACAGGCACUGUGAAGCUGCUUAAGCACAAGGAGACCGCCAAGGUCCGCCUCGUCAUGCGUCAGGCGAAGACGCUUAAGAUCUGUGCUAACCAUCUUGUGGUGGCGACGACUAAGAUGCAGGAGCACGCAGGGAGCGACAAGUCGUGCGUGUGGCACGCGCUGGACUUCGCCGACGGUGAGCUCAAGGAGGAGAUGUUUGCUAUCCGUUUUGGAUCUGUCGAGAAUUGCAAGAAGUUCAAGGACACUGUUGAAGAGAUAGCUGAAGAGCAAGGAAAGACCGAGGUGAAAGAAAACGAGGAAGUCUCCAUUGCCGCCGCAGAUUUGGUACAGAAGUUAACAGUGACAGAGGCUAGCAAGGAGGGAGAUGCAGAGGAAGAGGAGGCUCCUGCAUCUGACCAUAAGAAGGAUGCUAAAGGGUAAAGAUUGAAGGCAAACAAGGCCAAAUGAUUAUGAUUCCAUUCAUUUCGUUGUCAAGGUUCAUCUUCCCCACAAAUUUUCAUUACAAAGUUUCAUUGCAUUUUCUCCUGAGAUGAUUUGUGUGUGUGUGUGUGUGUGUGUGUGUGUGUGUUGGGUGAAAUCUGAGUUGUCAGUCAUCUACAUGUCUUUCUUGGUUGUUAGACUUAUUCUCAGUCGCCUGUUUAUCUGGGAUGGCUAGGUACAUCAUGUUUGUACAAUUAUUUGGGGUUGAUUUUGGAAUGGCUCUAAAGCUCGAGAUGAGAUAGAUGGUAUCAUGGUAGUUAUUAGUGAUGAUUUCUUUUCGCUUCUUGUUCGUUCGUUCUGAAAUAAUAUGGGAUGCUUUGUUAUACUUGUUGAUCCAUUAUUAGCUUGAUGC